AUGGAGAUGACUCAAAAUCAUUCUGAUCCGCUGAGUAAGCGAGCAAUCAGAAAAGUAUUGAAAACAGUAUCUUUUUGUGUUAUUUUAUGCUGCUUCAUUGCAAUCACAGUCGUAACACUAAUGAAAAUAACAAAAGAGCAAAUUAGAGACUUUACAACCUUUCAUGGUAGAUUAAUACCUAAGAAAUAUGAAUUAAAACUUAUUCCUGAUAUUCAAAAUCUCAAAUUCUCAGCCGAAAUCAACAUUAUUUUUCCGAAAACUUCAAUCAAUACAAAACUUCAACUAAAUAUGGCGAAUACCAUUAAAAUCAGUGGGUUAGAUGAAUCAUCCUACACUUAUAAUGAAACAACAGAAACUCUAAUUUUUGAUAUUCCACAAAAUACAGAUCACAUAGCAUUUAAUUACACAGGCACAAUCUACAAUGAUUUAUAUGGUCUUUAUCUAACAAAUGACACAUCUUCUGGCACUCUCGGACUCGCAACACAGUUCGAACCAGAAUAUUCACGAAGAAUGAUGCCUUGUAUCGAUGAGCCCUUUGCCAGAUCGGUCUACAAGCUUAGUAUUGUCGUUCCCAAAGGAUAUUUAGCACUUGCUAAUACAAAACCAGUCAAAAUUGUCGAAAAUGAAAAAACAUCUUUUUACGAAUUCGAAGACACGCCAUACAUGCCAAGCUAUCUUAUAUGUAUAUGCGUUGGUAAGUGGGAAAAGCUGGUCGGAACGACGAACAAAGGCGUAGAAGUCUCAAUUUACACAUUACCUUCACAAAAAGAGAAACCAAACUUUGCUUUGAAGAUGGCGAAAGAAUCUUUGGAGUUCUUCGAGUCUUACACGAAUAUUGACUACCCGCUACAAGCUCUGCAAUUGGUUGCAAUCUCAGAUUUCGCAGCUGGUGCCAUGGAAAAUUACGGGCUUGUCACUUUUCGUGAUUAUCUUCUUUCUGGGAAAGAAGAUGAUAAAGCGAUGAUGAGUCGUGCUGCCGAAGUCAUUGCGCAUGAGAAUGCUCACCAGUGGACAGGAAACCUAGUUUCACCUCGUUCUUGGGCGAGUACGUGGUUGAAUGAAGGAUUUGCAAGUAUUUUACCACAUCUUGCCUUGGAAUCCACUGGAUACUUCCCAUGGAGUGAGUUAUAUUAUGAUACAGAAUACAGAGCGUUAAGUUUCGACUUAAGUACUUAUACUCACGCAGUUGAGGACGAUUUCGAAGAUCCUGAGAUGAUGUUUGAUGAUAUAAGUUAUGAGAAAGGUGCUAGCGUAUUAAAUAUGCUCAGAUUAUUACUCGGAGAUGAGAUAUUCAGAAAAUGUCUUUCAGUUUACUUGAAUACCUUCAGAUAUUCAGCCACAGUUACUGAAGAUCUCGUUUACUCCUUCUCUCAGACCUCAGGUGUCGAUUUAAAGCCUUUCUUCAACGCAUGGGUCAGAACUAAGGGUUCUCCAGUACUUUUUGUAUCUAAAACCGAUACAGGAAUGUCAAUUAAACAAUACAGAGCUACAUACGACGGCAAAUUCGAAGUAGCAACGAAUCCUUGGCCAUUCAAAUUAUUUAUCUCAGAAAAAGAUUACAUACAAGUCACGAAAGUCGAAGAAACUCAUCACCAGUUCGAAUACUUGAACUACGGAAGGAAAACUCUUGUUGUUGUCAAAUAUGAUGAUGAAAUAUUGGAAGAAAUCACCGAAAACUGGAAUAACAUUGACAACGACUUCAAGUGGGUUAUUCUUCAAGACUUGGAGAGACUUAUUAUGUUGAAUUUGACCAAGAAAGAGAAAUUAUAUAAUAUUUUGAUGAAAUGUCAGAAUGAAACUGAUAUUUUAGUCAAAUCUACUGUCAACGAUGCAGCAAUGUUCAUUCUGAACCUCUAUAACUACGACAGUUCUAUGGCAAGUGACUUUUCGGAGAUGAUUUAUCCUUGGGCGGACAAACUCUUCCAGAAAGGCAAAGAUAUGAGUGUUUACGAGACAGACACACUCAAGAGAUUGGUCUACUUCGGUGGACAUAUCUGUAGAUCAGAAAAAUUCAAAGAUUUGAAGAAAUAUAAUUUAUUAACUGAUGAUUUCACGAUUCUGAUGUUCGAUGCAUGGAAUCAAACAACCUUUGAUGAAUUGUUUGACAGAUUAGACACCACAGAUGCAACAACUCUCUUGGCAAUUCAGAAAUCUCUUGCAUCAACAAAUAAUCAGACAAAUUGUCAGAGAAUUUUCGCAGAAUUUGGUCUAAAGAUCAAAUGGCAGAAUAUAAACACAGUUCUAAAUGUAAUGAUCGUUAACAAGAACUUGAGAAACUCUGCAAUUGAUUAUUUCUUAAACAACAGCAAGAAAGUCGCUGACGUGUUGGGAGUUGGAUUCCAAUCUGAGAGUUAUAUAAAGAUUUGCUUCAGUUCAGCAAGAAACCUCGAAGAAUUAGAAAAAAUUGAAAAAACAGUGAGAAGCUGUUUCAAGGCAUCAAUGGAUCGGACUAUUAAUCGUAUAAAGGAAAGUACACUUGCUAGAAUACGUGCAUCAAUGUAA